AUGAUCAGUGCGCUACUGGAAUCGACAGGCUGGCCGGGCUGUCAACGCAUGCUACCUGCAGAUAAUUACCGCAAAGCCGUAUGUCCUUUUCCCACCAAAAUGACAUGUUUGAGAAGUAUUAUGCCCCUUUUGCCAAAUGUUGUAUCGCGAGGCCCACGUCAUCAUAGCUACAAAUAUCAAUCGUACAGGACAUCGGACUCGCUCAGUCUCGUAUCAGCAGCAAUAUACUUUGUAGACCGCGGUAUAUCUUUCUUCAAAGUCCCCAGAAAUAUCUUUGCUAGUUUUCCCGAAAUUCCGAUGCUGUGCUACAAAGCUGUUGCACCAUCGUACCCGUGUCAGAUGCACAUUAGCUUUCUAGUUUGGAUGGCUCAUAAAUCUCCAAAGCAUCAACCAAAAGAAGUGUGUGGUGCCUAA